GAAUACAGAUGUGUUGUGUUUACGUUUGGUGAGUGCGGUGAUGCGUUGAUCAUUGUUAUGAAUCAACUAAAACUGCUCGAUUGUUUUCGUCAGCUUUCAAGAUGCUACUCCCAGAGAGCAUUGGCCUGUUCACCCCACAGUUAUAUUUCUGGGACUGCAGUCAUGCCAAAAGGAAUUACCAAUCCAAAUUUCAAAGAAAUUUGUUUUACUGGCACUAAAGUAACAAGUAAUUACAAAAUAUUUCAGUUGAAUGACAGAGUAACAACAUCUUUUCUCCAGUUUUCACCUAAUGUAACACAAAGGAGGCCAGUUCCACCUGUGCUCGAUGCACCUAAUGUCACUUCAUCAAAUAUGUUUGAACUUCCAGCCUGCAGUGUUAUUGACUAUUUACAUGAAAUUCCAGUGAAGGAUAUCAGUGUGCCUACUGUAGGAAAUGUAACUGAGAAAAUUGCUGCACGGCUCAUAGUGAUCAGGAGGCGAAAAAUGAAGAAACAUAAAUUGCGAAAACUGCGUAAAAGAAUGAAAUUUGAAUGGGCAAAAGUUCGCCAGCGAAGAGAGCUAAGAAAGGAGAAGAAAUUUCAAGCGGGCCUGAUAAAGAAAAUAAAAAUUGCAGAAAGUUUUGAUGCAAAGGCAUUUGUUGCCCAAAAAUUAGCUAAAGCCCACGCCGCAAAGCAAACAAUCAAAUCGUAAAAUAUCUAAUCCAUGUGCUGAAUCUUGUAUAUAUAAUCUGAAUUUUUGAUAGUAAAUUAUUAAUUUUAUAAAUCCAGAACAUUGAUCUUUUUCUCAUUUUUAAUAUUCACUUUCGCUAUCAUAGGAAAAGUCAUCUGUUGAGUAACUACUGCAAAAUUUGAAGUAAAUGAUUGUGAACUCAGAGUAGCCAGCUCUUAGCCCAAAAUAGUCUUCAUUAUUACAUAUAGUGUUAUUUCUUUUACAUUGUUUAAUUGUUUGGUGUAACUUGAGGAAGGCCAAUAAGAUUUAAAUGUUUAACAAA